UAUCUGGUUUGUCUCGUGUUGUCAGCGUGUCCAGAGGUCGCCAGGGAGCGGCAGUCUGUUGGUAAACAUAUAGGUCUGGGAUUGUUGGUAGUAAAACAUAAACACACACGACCAGACGCCGGCAGUACCUCCGGCAACAAGCUGUCGACGAUGUAUACCUGUGUAGCUGUCGCUGUCCUGGCCGUCCUUGUCGCCUACGUCAACGGAGCGCCUGUAGAUCCUGGUCCAUCGUCUGGCGAGGUUGACCAGAUGCGAAGGCCGCGGCCGACACCGGACACUGUGAUUGGACACUACCCCAUCAAGAUGAUCCUUGACCUGCUGAGAGGUCAGGGUGGCUUCGCUCCAUCUCUCCAGAGGGCCCGGAAGGACAGAAAUGAAAUCACUGAAAACGAACUCCUCAAAAUGCAGUUGGAGUCCAUUCUUCAAGGAAUUGCGCAGUUUCCGAUCAAAAUGAACUUUUAAGGUGUACGAUUCCUAGUAUACAUCCAUUGACACGGACAAGCCUACUUCCAAUACAGCUGUGACGUGGAACUAUUAA